AUGAAGAUGCCAUCUGAUGCGAAAAAGAAACGCGAACAAAAGAAGAAGACCAUCGCAAAGCAAAAGGGCUCGGCUGGGAAUAGCAAGGGACAGGAUGUAGCCAAUGGGAGCGGAGAGAAGCAGAAUGGUUAUGUUGUGCAAAAAGAAGUAGAUGAUUCGUUGGAAGCUGCCAAGAAGAAUGCUGACAACAGGGCCGUGACAGGAGUUCUUGGCAUCCAUGCCCGAAGCCGUGACAUCAAGAUCGAUAAUUUCUCCAUCACGUUUCACGGGUGUGAGCUCCUACAAGACACUCGCCUUGAGCUUAGCUGUGGUCAGCGAUAUGGUCUUAUAGGCCUGAAUGGCUCAGGGAAAUCCACAUUAUUAGAAGCUUUAGGGAAUCGUGAAGUUCCCAUCCAAGAUCAGAUUGAUAUCUAUCUUCUGAGCCACGAGAUCCAUCCGUCGGAGAAGACGGCUCUCCAGUCAGUGAUGGAUGUCGACCAAGAACGCCUAAGGCUGGAGAGACUGGCUGAGGAGCUUGCCCAUCUUGAUGAUGAGGAGUCGCAUGAUGAGCUCAUGGAUGUCUAUGAGAGAUUAGAGGAUCUUGGAGCCGAUGUUGCUGAAGCUAGAGCAUCUUACAUUCUUCAUGGCCUUGGCUUCUCCAAGGAAAUGGUCAACCGCAAGUGCAAGGAUAUGUCUGGUGGAUGGAGAAUGCGUGUGGCAUUGGCAAGGGCUCUGUAUGUCCGGCCGCAUCUGCUUCUCCUUGAUGAACCCACAAAUCAUCUAGACUUGGAUGCAUGCGUGUGGCUUGAGGAGGAGCUGAAAAAAUACAAGCGGAUUCUCGUCGUGGUUUCCCAUUCGCAGGAUUUCCUCAAUGGUGUGUGCUCCAAUAUCAUCCACUUGAACAAGAAGAGACUCAAAAUGUAUGGGGGCAACUAUGAUCAAUUUGUGCGAACAAGAUUGGAACUUUUGGAGAACCAGAUGAAGCAGUAUAGUUGGGAACAAGAUCAGAUUGCUCACAUGAAGAACUACAUUGCACGCUUUGGACACGGAUCAGCCAAAUUGGCAGCUCAGGCCAAGAGCAAAGAGAAGACACUGUCCAAGAUGGUUGCAGGGGGGCUGACAGAGAAGGUCCUUGCUGACAAGGUCGUCCAGUUCUACUUUCCUCCUUGUGGCACAAUCCCGCCUCCUGUUAUUAUGGUCCAGCAUGUCAGCUUCAAGUACACAGAAGAUGGACCAUGGAUCUACAAGAAUCUGGAGUUUGGGAUCGACCUGGACUCAAGGGUCGCCCUUGUUGGCCCUAAUGGUGCGGGGAAGAGUACUCUCUUGAAGCUUCUUUAUGGAGAAAUCAUGCCCACUGAGGGGAUGAUCCGCAAGAACUCCCACCUGAAGAUGGCUCGAUAUCACCAGCAUCUGCAAGAUCUCCUGGACAUGAACCUCUCCCCUCUCGAGUUCAUGUUGAAGUCUUUCCCAGAGAUCAAGGAAAAGGAGGAAAUGCGCAAGAUCAUUGGGAGAUAUGGGCUGACAGGGAAGAACCAGGUUUGCCCAAUCGGACAGCUGAGCGACGGACAGCGAUGUCGUGUGAUGUUUGCCUGGCUGGCGUGGCAGGCACCUCAUCUCCUCCUUCUGGAUGAACCAACUAAUCACUUGGACAUGGAGACCAUUGAUGCCCUGGCAGAAGCAGUGAAUGACUUUGAUGGGGGCAUGAUUCUUGUAUCCCACGACUUCCGGCUCAUCUCUCAGGUGGCAGAAGAGAUCUGGGUGUGUGACAAGGCCACCAUCAAAAAAUGGGAAGGAGACAUCACCAGCUACAAGGAGUUCCUGCGAAGGAAAGUCCUGGCUGAAAAUGACCGAAUGCUCAAGCAUGAGACACUCCACUGCUCCCAGCACAAAGGUGAUGACAGAGAUGUUGAAUUCGAAAACAAGAGAAGUAUGGGUAAGGAAGCAGACACGGAUCUGGAAAUAGGCCUAACGCCUGAUGCAUCCAGCGGAAGUAUAGACGACAGUUCCUCGCCUGACAUUGAAACUGCAAAGAAUGCGGCUCACCAGGACUUGACGAAGCUAAAGGUAGCAGACCUGAAAAAGGAGCUGAAGCAACGAGGCCUCACUGUAAUGGGAACUAAGGCAGAUCUCAUUCAACGACUUCAGGAGGCUUUACUAAGAGAAGAAGAGAUGGCCCUCGCAGAGGAGAAGCUUGAAGAUGAGUCAAGCUUCUUGGAAGAUGAUCCUGGACUGGAGGAGAAGUUAUCUGGACGGGAGGAGCCAAUUCAAGAUUCUGAGAAGCAAAAAGAGAAGGAAGAGGUUAAGCAGACUGUAAUCCCAACUGCAAAGAGAGUCCCAUUGAAACGCAGAACCAGUGAAUCAGGUGUUAUUGCACCUGCAGAGGCAGAGGUGAAUGCUACUGAGGCUCCCAAAGCACCUUCUACAGCUUCAGGGGCAGCUGCCCCUGUCAAAGUUACCGGCUUGUCUCAGCAAGAGCGAUUGAAGAACAGAGCAGAGAGAUUUGGGACUGUGACCAAUGCGAAAGGAACAGGUUCUAGUGCUGCCCUAAAUGGAGCAGAUACUGAUGAGAAACUGAAGCAAAGGGCUGAACGUUUUGGCAUUUCCAAGGCAGGUGGAACCACAUCCAGUACAGGGACCAGUCUCAUUAGUGAUGAGAAAAAGGAGGAAAGGAAGAGGAGAUUCGGGGAAGUGUUCUCUGGGGACACGGAAGAGCGGAAGCAGAUGAGGGCCAAGCGUUUCGGACUCUCAACGACCAUCCAGAGUGCAAAGAUUCCCUCCUCUGUUCCUGAUGAAGAGAAAAAGGCAGCUAGAGCUAUCAAUGUGAUUGUGACAGACAUUGUCCGAGUUUUAACCAACGUCACACGGGCGUCCACAAGUCGACGGCGGGCAAUCCGAGCACAUUUCUCGAGUGAGAAACGAGCAAUGUAUCGCACGAGGCGCAACACCGUAUUUUGA